ACACAGCAGCCCUGUAAGCUCUAGCUAGUAAGAUUUAGUUGCAAGCCUAAAUGUAACAUGAUCUUCAGCAUAAUAUAUUCAUGAGCCUCGCUUUAGCUUGUUGCUUGGUAAUAAACAGCAUCAAGAUGGCUGAUAGUCAGGCUCAAGAUACUCGUUUGUUUUAGUUAGAAUUGCCCACAUAGUUCAUUUGAGCAUGUUAAAGUCUAAUUUCACUAGAUAUCCUUAGUGUAUUCACUUGUCUAUCAUACUAAUUGGUACUAAUCUAUUUCAAAGCAUGCAAGUGAUGAAAUCAAGAAGAUUCAGUAUCUCACUAAUGUUCUGCUAAUUAUCUUAAUGUUCCUCAACUUUAACCCUUCAUAAGUAAAAAUUUUGUCGGUCAACCCCAAAUGAAAUUUACUGAUUAUUUUAGAGCAAGAUGUCUCCUAUCAUUUAAAGAAAGUUUCAUUUGGGGCGCAUCGCUAGUUUUGAAGAUUAACUAAUUUUAGUAGACCCUACACAUUGACAAACUCCCAUUUAGUGAGAACAGUACAAGAUAAAAAUGUCAAAUACACAACAAGCAUCAGUUUCCUCUUAUUUUCACAAUCAAGAUGAACAUCAAAGAGCAUUGGAAUCACUGUGUAGGCUGUGCUCUUCUAAAAGAAAAUCUUCUAAACAAAAUGUCAAAGCAAGAUCAUGUAUACUUAUUCAGUCAGAGCUCUCUAAAAUAUGCCCAUCUAUAAAGUUAGAUGAAGAUGAACCACUGUAUCAUCCAUCAAAAGUGUGUGAGAAAUGUUACAGGCUUAUUAAGGAUUUAAACAGGAGGAAAAGACAAAUACCUUUAGAAACACUCACAUUAUAUUCAAAUGUCAACAAAAAAUGGAUAGAAAAUGACUCUGAGAAAUGUUGGACGUGCGAAGUACACCAAAGCGCCAAUCCUUUUCAAAAAUCAAGGAAAAGAUCAUUUGAAACAAGUUUGAAUGAGGAGGACUUUGCAAGAGAUAUUAGUAUGAGUCACAGCACACCAAAAAAGAGGUGUAAUGUGAUAAGCGACAAUGACGCAUCUACCUGUAUGACACCUGGCCGAGGACGUGAUGCAACAAUAAGAGACAUCUUGCAAAAACCAAGUGAUCAGCCAUUGUCAGUAUUGGAAGAUAAGCUUCUGACUUCAUUGGUUAAAAGAAAGUUAAAUCAUUCCCGUAAGAAAGAGGAGCUCCACUGCAAAACUGGAGGAAAGGUAAUUAUCCUUUAUAUCAAAAAUAACUAA